AUGCGCACCUUCAGCCUUACAGCCUUUGCCGCCUUGUCCUUGGCCGCAGUGCAUGCAGCACCGGCUAAGCAGCUUCAACGUGCCAAGCUGUCUUGCGAUUGGGACAACAAACUACCAGGGGCACAACUGAGUGCAGGCGACUACAACUAUGGCAGCAAAGACUUCGACGUGGGCUACAAAAGCUUCACCCAAGAAGAUGGCGAGGAAAUCCUACGCGUCGUCAAAGUGGACCCCAACGAUGCUACCAUUUCGCCCUUGUCGAGCGUGAUUCAAGUCUCGUGCAACUCGACCGCGCUCAACUACUAUGUCCAUCGGGGUCAGUUCGGCGCAAACACACCGGUCAAGCUACUUGCUGACGUGGGACGCCACGGCAUCCCGUACUGUGUCGGCAUCCACGACCCUGACACUGAUCCAACCGAUAUCGUACUUGUACCUUGCAGUGACUACGAUGAUGAGUCGCAGGCCAACCAGUUCUGGUUAGAGCAAUUCAAGUACGACAACCUUUUCCCGCUCGUUGGCAAAUCCAACACCUCGGCCAAUGUCGAGCACAGCAACUCUUGGCCUAUCUUGAUCCCAGCCGACGAUGCAAACCCACAGGUCUUCCGUGCUGGACACAGUGCAGACGAGCAAGCCCUUGCGAGCUUUAUCCGCAGUACGUGA